AUGGUCCUGAUGAGAGUGAUGCUGUCGCUGUCCCUCUGCGUACUGCUGACGUCCGGUGGCUCCGGCUGCGGACCGGGCAGGGGGUACGGGAAGCGGAGGCACCCCAAGAAGCUGACACCUCUGGCCCUCAAACAGUUCAUCCCCAACGUGGCGGAGAAGACCCUGGGAGCCAGCGGCAAGUACGACGGCAAGAUCAGCCGCAACUCGGACAGGUUCAAGGACCUGACUCCCAACUACAACCCUGACAUCAUCUUUAAGGACGAGGAGAACACCAACGCAGACCGACUCAUGACACAGAGGUGUAAGGACAAACUCAACUCUUUGGCUAUUUCAGUCAUGAAUCAGUGGCCCGGGGUCAAACUGCGAGUCACAGAGGGCUGGGAUGAGGACGGCCAUCAUUCGGAGGAGUCUCUGCACUAUGAGGGCAGAGCGGUGGACAUCACCACUUCAGACCGGGACAAGAGCAAGUACGGCAUGCUGUCCCGGCUGGCUGUGGAGGCUGGCUUUGACUGGGUCUACUAUGAGUCCAAAGCCCACAUCCACUGCUCCGUGAAAGCAGAAAACUCUGUGGCAGCGAAGUCUGGAGGUUGCUUCCCUGGUUCGUCUACCGUGACCCUGGCAGAUGGAACGACCAAACCACUGAAGGAGCUACAACUGGGAGACAAGGUGCUAGCUGCUGACCAAAAAGGAAAUCUUGUUCUCAGUGACUUUCUGAUGUUCAUGGACCAGGACCAACAGGUUGUGAGAGAGUUCCAUGUCCUGGAGACUGAAGAGCCACGCUGCAGACUGAAACUGACUCCGGCUCACCUUGUCUUUGUCCAGAACAACAAUGACAGCAGUGACAACAGGGCUGUGUUUGCCAGUAAUGUCAAACUAGGACAGCAGCUUCUUGUUGUCCAGAAUCACUGGUCCGACCAGCUCAUCUCUGCAAGAGUGAUUAGAAUUCAUGUGGAGCGAUAUAUAGGAUCCUAUGCGCCUGUAACAUCUCACGGAACCAUUGUAGUUGACCGUGUUUUGGCGUCUUGCUAUGCUGUGGUUGAGGAUCAUGACCUUGCACACUGGGUUUUUGUGCCAGUCCGACUGUGGCGCUCCUUCUUGUCACUGGUCGGGAUGGUGAAAGAGCUCAGCAGUGUGCACCAAAGAGAUGGAGUCCACUGGUAUCCAGAGCUCCUCUACCAUGUGGGACGUUGGGUUUUGGAUAGCAGCUCUUUUCACCCACAAAGCUGA